AGCGUUACUGAACUAGCUGAGGUUAGGCUACUCCUCAAGGACUGGACGCACCUGUUUGAACGGUAAACAGUCAUGUGUCGCCGAUAGUUAUCAUGUCAAAUCAGCACCAGCCGACUUUCCCGAUCCAACAGCAGCCUGAUCUCAACUCUGCUCCUUUCCCUCAGUGUUUUGUGAGACAGUUUGCCGUUCCUCUUCAAAUCAAAAGCAAUGUUAUUACAGAUGUUUAUACGUUAACGAGUCAGGUGCUGGGGAUGGGGAUAAAUGGCAGAGUGAUGGAAAUAUUCCACAAAGAGAGUGGGGAGAAGUAUGCACUAAAGAUGCUGCAGGAUUGUCCAGAAGCCAGACGAGAGGUGGAGCUCCAUUGGAGGGUGUCACCUUGCCCCCACAUUGUACCCAUCAUAGAUGUUUAUGAGAACCUCUACCAUGGCAAGAAGUGUCUCCUUAUCAUUAUGGAAUGCAUGGAUGGAGGUGAAUUAUUCAGACAUAUCCAAGACAAAGGGAAUCAUGCAUUCACAGAAAGAGAGGCCUCUGACAUUAUGAAAAGUAUAGGAGAAGCCAUUCUCUUCUUGCAUUCCAUCAACAUUGCUCACAGAGACAUCAAGCCAGAGAACCUGCUUUACACCUCCAAAAGACCAGAUGCUCUGCUCAAGCUGACUGAUUUUGGGUUCGCCAAGGAAAUCACCACGAUAAACUCAUUAGCAACACCAUGUUUUACCCCAUAUUAUGUCGCUCCAGAAGUUCUUGGUGCAGAGAAGUAUGACCGAUCCUGUGACAUGUGGUCUCUGGGAGUCAUUAUGUAUAUCCUACUUUGUGGAUACCCUCCUUUUUUCUCACGUCAUGGUUUCGCAAUAUCUCCUGGAAUGAAAAGAAGGAUCCGUAAAGGACACUAUGAGUUCCCAAACCCUGAGUGGUCUGAUGUGUCCGAGGAAGCCAAACAGUUGAUCCGCCAGUUAUUGAAAACUGAGCCCACCCAAAGAAUGAGCAUCACUGAGUUCAAAAACCAUCCCUGGAUUAAUCAGUCAGUGGAGAUCCCUCAAACACCUCUUCACACAAGCCGUGUGCUGCAUGAGGAACAAGAUGUCUGGGAGAAGGUUAAGGAGGAAAUGACAAAUGCCUUGCAAACGAUGAGAGUGGACUAUGAUCAAACGAAAAUCAAAACUAUUGAGGACUCAACAAAUCCUCUACUCCUGAGGAGAAGAAAGAAAACUAAAAACGUAGCCACACAACCUCCAGGCUAGUCAAGUAAAGACUCUUUAAGAGGUGAUCAGACCAUACACACACACACACACACACACACACACACACACACACACACACACACACACACACACACACACACACACACACACACACACAUAAAUACACACAAACACACACACUAGAUAAAAUGCAGAGCCUUGUCAAGUGGCUCCUAAAUACAAUUUUAUAAUACGUUUUUACCCUGUUUUAUUUUUUACAGUUAACCUUAGACAUGCUUUUUGUAUUUUAAAAUGUACUUGGAGGACUUAUUAGAACUAUUUCUAUGCCUGGAAAGGGUUCUGUAUGUGCACCAAGGCGUAUUCCUGGAUCUGCUGUAUGCUUUCUAUUUAAGGAAAAGACACGUGUUAUUAAAUAGCUUCCCUGUGAGAUCAUGCUAGAACUUUGUCUGUUUCAGCUUAUAGAUGGUUAUUGUUUUCUCUCUGUAUGCCAUCUUUUUUCUGAUGUGUUUUUCAGUCUAAAAUUAUUGUAAUAGCCAUGUUGCCCUCUGGGUAUUGUAAAAAAAAUAAAAGCUGACUGCACAAUUCAUAUUGAGUAUGAACGACCCUUGCCAGAAACCACAAUAUUUGUAUUUCAUGCUAAUGUGAUGUCACAGGGGAUUCUCCAUCCCACAAAAUAGUAGUUUCUUGACACAUUGUGGUAGUUCCGUUUCUAUUCUAACUUACCAUGUUGAGCAAUACUCAUGCUUGCGAUGCCUGUAAAACGGGCGAUGAUUGCAUUUGAUUGGAGAAACAGUGCUUCUGCAUGCUUUAGUGGCUUUGAUCUUCUCUACAGCAGUAUAGUAUCAUUAGUGCUUUUUUUUUUUUUUAGAAUCGUUGUGUUGAGAGUGGAAAGAUGGAUUGCAGUAAACUUUUAGAUCCAGGAAGUACUUAAAGACAUGCAGUGGAAAAUGUUGCACAUUACUAUUGUGCUGUCUGCCUUAUGUUCUGGAUUAAACAUCUUGAUGUUGUCUCUA